AUGAAAUUAGAAAUAACAUUUCUUCUGUUUCUGGUAUCAAUAACAGUAAAUAUUAAAUAUAAAAAGGUUAGAAUUAAUAGGAUGAAUAUAAAACAGGUUGUAAGAGUGAAGGAAGUCAAUGUCAACAAAAAUGUGAUGAUGGAUAUUAGUUAUGUGAUGCAAAAAAUAAAAUAAGAUGCGAAUAUGGUUAUUUUAAAUUGAACUUUAAUAAUGAGAGUUAUUGUGUGAAGUGGUAUUAUAAUUAUAAGUUAAAAUAGUCCAUAAUCAUUCAUAGAUAAAAUGAUUUACUUAUGUAUGGAUUGUAGAGAGAACUCAGAGACUUGGUAGAAUUUUAGAAUGUGUACUUACAAUUAUGCAAUUACAGAUGGAGAUGAAAAUGGAGCAUUUAGAAAACUUCAAAUUAGUGAAACUCAAAUUUAUAAUAUAAUUGAAGUACCUUCUUAGUCAGUAGGAGGAAAGAAAAGUUUUGAAACGGAAUUAUGUGAGGGUUGUUUAAAAUUUUGUGAUGAUGGAGAUGAAGGAGAUGAAGGAGAUGAAGGAAAUUAAUGUAGUCUUCUUUUAGAUCCUAAUGAUGUAACUCAUAAAGGUAUAUUUUGUGGAGAUGGAUAUUACUUUGAAAAUGAUCUAUGCAAUACUUGUCCAUUUAAUAAAUGCAAAUAAUGUUCUAGUCAGUAUUGUUAUGAAUGUUUUGAUGGUUAUGCCAUUAAUGAUAAUUAUGAUUGUAUCCCAUGUUUUGAAGGUUGUUCAAAAUGUGAAUUCGCUGGAGUUAUUAUAUGCUUAGAAUGUAUCCAAGAUGAUUACAAUUAUUUGGUGCUCAUGGAAGAAGGCUAAAAAUGUUCUUAUUGUGAUUAUGGAUGCAGAAGAUGUUAAGUCGAAUAUGUCGAUGGCUAUGAAUAACAACGAUGUACCUAAUGUUAGUAAGGUUAUGUUGUAUCAAAUGAAGGAUCUUGGUGUGAAUAUUAAGAAGAUAGUAAUUGUCAAAUCAGUUAUUAUCAAUAUUCAAAGGAUGAUGGCGCCACCAUUCUAUAAACUUAUAAAUUAGGUUUUGAAAUCGUUAUCGAUUAUGAUGCAAAGUAAUAAUGUUAUAAGUGCAAAUCUGGAUUUAAGGUUGAAGAAGGAAAAUGUGAAAAAAUUUUAGAUCCAAAUUAAAAAUGUGUUUCUGAGGAUUAAAAUAAAUAGCUUUGUUAUGAAUGCAAAGAUUAUUAAUUAUUGAAAUAUUUAAAUACAGCAAACUCUGUAACAAAUAGUUGUGAUGAAAGUUAAGAUUGCAGAAAAAAGAUUAAAUAUUGUUUACAAUGCAUUUCAUAUAUUGUUAAUACAGUUGAGUAAUUCUAAUGUCUUAAAUGUGAAAAAGGAUACUAUCCUGAUAUUUUUUCAAAUCUAUGUUUACCAUGUCCUUCUAGAUGUGAUGAAUGUUGGUAAUACACUAAUAGUUACAAUAUUGCUGCCUAUUUACAAUUGUAAUUAGCUGGAAUAGAUUAUAAUUAAUUUUUAAAAGACUUAGAAUUAAUCAAAAAAGAAAAACUUAAUGAACCCUUAUGUUCAACUUGUCAAGAAGGAUUCUACUUAUACAAUAACUAAUGCAAAGGAUGUACUGAUAGUUGUGUUCCUUCAGACUUUAAAACUAAAGAUUCUGAAUGUUUAUAUUUAGAUGAUACUGCCUACUGUGCAAAAUGUCCUAUACCAUCUUCAUAACAAUCAUUAACUGCUGAUAAUAGUGAAUGUAAUGAAUGUCCAAAUAAUUGUAUUGCUUGUAGAGAAAGAACUCAAGAUGAAAUUAAUCUUGUUAAUCCUUUCUUUAAUCCUGAUUUUGAUCAAUUAAACAAAUAUAGCAAUUUUUGUUAUAAGACCAAAUAACCACAUGAAAAUUAAAACAUCUAUAUUGACUCAUUUUUUGGUGUUCCUAUUACUUGUACUAAAGAUCCAAAUUUCAAAGGAUGUGAAAAAAAAUUAGAAACUAUUGUAAUUGUUUCUUGUGGUGAAACUAGUACUACAUAACCUAAUGUGAUUAAACUAUAGGAAAUUUAUAAAAAAUAAAAAACUAAAAUUGUUACUCUUUUUUUACAAAAAUUAGAAAAUGCUUAACAAUAUAAUAAAUACAAUUAGGAAACUGUUACUCAUAUUAAUAUCAAUAUUAAAUUCAUUUCUGAUUUCAAUAAUGUUUGUGUCUUUGAAAAACCCUUUUAGAUUAAAUCAGGUUUUUAAAGAAAUGUUUUUACACUUUAAAAAUUAUCAAUUGUAAUAGAUGGUCAAAAUUCUGUAUUCAAAUAAACUGGUAGAAUGAUACUUUAGGAUUAUUCUUCUGUUUCAGUUGAAAAUGUCUUUUUCAAAGAAAAAACAUCUGGUGAAUUUGGAUUGGAAAUUCUUGGGUAAAAAACUAUGUUUACUAUGUCAAAUUGUAAAGUCUUUAAAGAAAAUGUUGCGAGUGCAUUUAAUAUAGUCUUAUAAAAUACAAUAUUUAUAAAAUUGUAAUUAGUCGAAUUUGAAAAUCUUAAAAAUGAAAAUUUUAUUAAUCAAACUUCAACCAAUUAAUUUCUUGAAUAAGGAGUAUAUAUCAUAGAAGAUGUUCAUGUAAAGAAUAGUGAAAUUAAUGAUGUUCUUAUAACAGUAAAUCAAUUGGGAGCAAAUAAUAUUUUGUAAAUUAAUUCCCUCAAAUUCACAAAUACUAACAUCACAAAUACAGCUAUCUUUUCAGAUAUAAUUACUACUACAAGCUAUAGCGUAAUAGUAGAUAAUCUUAAAUUAAUUUUAUGUACAGUUACAAAUGGAAGUAUUUUUAAUUUAGCUUUAGUCAAAUCUUUUGAAGCCAAAAACUUAGAAAGUGUUUUAACAUUAUAUCAAUAAGGAUCAAAUUAUGUAAUUAGUCCUACUUUAAUGAUAGAAAAAUUCUUUUGCUAUCGUUCUCUAUUUGCUAAUAACUCUGAACUCAUAGUUUCCAAUAAUUAAAUUUAUAAUUCAGAUCAGAAAAGUAGCAUAUCAUAAUUUUAUUUUAAAAAGAUAACAUUUAGAAAUAAUAUUUGUUAAAAUAUUAAUUGUUUAAUGGUAAUUUCUACACCUCUUAAUAGUUUUGGAAUAAAUUCUAAUGUAUGGAUUGAAUAUUUAAUCAUCUAAGAUUUAUAAGUCUAAUCUAUAAGUUAAAUGAAUAUUGAUUCAGUUUCAUCAGCCUUAAUUUCUUUAUAAAAUAUAGGAAACGUUUUAAUAAAUGAUAUAACAAUUAGUAAUACUCAAGGUUUCUCCAGUUUCUUUAUUGGAUAAUCGUAAUCUAUUAAAAUAGUGAAUGUAUAUUAUUUUCUAUACAUUUAUAAUGAAAUGCUUUAUGAAUAUGAUGAAACUAUAACUGAAGAUUUUGAAGUAGAUCCUAAUCUCAACAAUUUUAUUCUUGUAACCAAUCCUUUUAAUAAUUUGUUACCUAAUUCGGCUGAUUGUGCUUUUAGAAAAUAGAAUGAAUAUCAAUUCAAUUCUUAUCUAAUUUACAUAGAAGGAUUUAUAGGGUCUAUUGAAAUGGAUUACAUAGAAGUUUAUGAUAAUCUUUUUAUUGAUAGAUCUGCAAUUGUAAUAAAAUCCUAUCAAAACUUAUAAUACAUGUAAAUGGAAACCAUCUUAUUAAAAAAUCUGUUUUUCGAUAAUAAUAAACUUGCUUCAACAUUAAAUGGAAAAGAAAUGAGCUUAAUUACAAUUGAUUCACAACAAAAUUAAAAUAUCACCAUAACUAAUGCUUAAUUUAAUUAAAAUCAUUUACAUCAAAUAACUGAUUCAUAAACAAGCCAAACUCCAGCUUUAUUAUUGAUUAUCUCUCCAAAUUCAUUAUUAAAUUUAGUUGAUUCUUAUUUCAAUUACAAUCGUAUUUCAAAAUCAACAAAUGGAUUGAUGUGGAUCAAAGUGGAUUCAUUUCUUCUUAUUAAUUGCUAUUUUUAAAAAACAAAUAUCUUAGAUCUUUAAUGGUUGGAUUAUCUUGAAGAAUAACAAUUAAUAACAAAUGAUACAUAAACAACUGCUAUUAAUCUAAGUAAUAUAAUUAUUAUUAAUAUUUUUAGAAUUAUUCUUUUAAAUUUAAUCUCAAGGAUCAAAUCUAUAUAUUAUAGGUAAAUUCAUUUACAUUGAGAAUCUGGAAAUAAUUGAAUCUUUUGGUUAGUCUGCAGCUGGAAUUUUUAUAGAACUAUUAGAAGGAAUUGUGACAAUCAAGGAAUCACAUUUUAAAAAUAUUUAAAGCAGUUUAUAAUUAGCUGAUGGUUCAUAAGGAGGGUGUUUAACAAUAAAUUCUGAUAGUUCUGAAAUGCAAUUAGAAUUACAUUCUGUUACUAUGACUAAUUGCACUGCAAGAAUUAGUGGAGGUUGCAUUUAUAUUUAUCCUACAAAAUUUAAGCAAAGUAUCUUAUUAAAAAACUCUUAAUUCUACUUUUGUCAAUCUUUGGGUUAUUCAUUUAUAAGUAAUCCAUUUUUAGAAUCAACCAAUAAACCCUUAAUAGAAUUUUAGAAUAUUAUUGUAGGUGAUAAUAAUUAUGAUAACUUCAUUUAAAAUUUACCAGAUCUAUCACUUCUAGAUUAAUUGAAAUUAACUGAAAAUUCAGGAAUAUAUUAUCAAUACACAGGAUAAUUAACUAUUAGAAAUUCUGUUUUCACUAAUUUUAAAUAUGUGAGUAUAAUUAAAGCAAUAGCUAUGACUGAUAUAUUUAUAUCUUAAAGUAAGUUUAUAAGGAAUGUUCUUUUUUUGAUGCCACUUUUAGAUCUCUAAAUGACACCAACUGUCUAAAAUCAGAUCCAAGUAAUAGAUUCACAAUUUGUUGAUAAUUGGUCUAUUGAAAUCAAUUCUAUAGUAAAUAAAUGUGAUGGAUUUAUUAAAAAAGGACUAAGCUAAACUUUGAGUUAAUAAAGUUGUGAUUAAAUUAUGUACAUCAUAGAAUUUUAGAAUUACUAAAAUCAAGAUGAAGAGAGUUGGAAUAGUCUUUUAUAUUUAGAAUCUUAUAAUUAAUAUAAUGAAAAUGAUAAAUAUGAAUCUGUCUAUUCAUAUACUACUUUUGAUGUUGAUACAGUUUAAGUUAUUUAAAGAUUUAAUUCAACAACAAAUACAACUUUGAUAAAUUGUGUUCUUUAGAAUAUGCUUAAGUAAUAAAUAUUGAUUAAUAUUUAGUUUGACAUUAGAGGCUGGAUAAAUAUUAAGUACUUCUAUAAUCAAGAUAAAAAGUGUAUUUAGUAAUUCUUUUUUAAAUUUUGAAAAGUUAAGUAUUGCUUCGAAUAGAUGUUAAAGAUGUUAUGGAGGUUUAGUGUAAAUAUUGGGAGUAAAUGUAGGAAGUUCAACAGAUACCAAACUAUUUUUAAAUCAGAUAAAUUGUAAAGAUAAUACAGUAGGAUAUUAUGGAUGCUUAUUAAUAUAAAAGGAUAUAGAGUUGAGUCCCUUUGUACCAAAUUAAAACAUUUUGGAUUUGAACAUUAAUUAAUUUUCAAAAAAUAGAUUACUGUAAUUAAGUGAAAAUUAUACAGUUUCUAUAGUUGGAUCAACAUUUUCAUCAAAUAGAGCAAGUGUUGGAUCAAGCAUAAGUUUAUCAGGGUUAAAUGUUUUAGUAAAAGAAUGUGUAUUUUCAGAUAAUCUAGCUAGUUUAGCUGGAGCUGCAAUUUAUUAUAAAAAUUUUGGUGGAGAUUUGGAUACUUCGUUAUAUGUUUACAAUUUAUCUUUUCUAAAUAAUAGAGCUUAAGUUGGAGCUGCUUUCUAUUUAAUUGAUAAGGAAUUAGCAGAUGUAGAUUCCUUAUUAAUAACAUUUUAAUAUAAUAAUGCUUCUAUGAUGGCCAGUAAUAUUCAGGAAAAUUCAAGAAGAUAAACUAUUUCUAUGAAUUAUGGUUCCUAUCUAAAAGUUUAAGUUUAUAGGAAUCUAAGUGGUGAUUUGAAUUUAGAUGGAAAUAUUGAUAGUGUUAAUGAAAGAAUAAGGGAAAAUAUAUCUUUAGAUUAUCAUAUAAUUGGUAAUUAUCCUGAGAAAACUAAUUUGCUUAUUCUGCCUUCAGGAUAAUCAAUUAAUACAUAUUAAUAUUUUUUAGAAGAAACUCAAGAAUAUAUUCCUUAUGAAUGGAUAUUUAGAGUUAUUAAUUUGAAUAGAUUUUAUGAACCAAUUGUAAAUGAUGAUGAGGGUGAUAAGUGUUAUAUAUUUGGUAGAAUAUAAAGUUUUUAAAAUUAUUCUGACAAUCUAGUUUUUACAAAUAAUUUUACAUCUCCUAAUGAAAUGAUUUUUAGCAAGAAUUAAAAAGGCUAUGCACUUGAUGAUAUGUAAUUAAUUUUUGACCCAUAAUUUGAUAAGAAUUAUUAUUUGGAAUUAAAAAGUAAUAUAAAUUGAUAAAUUAGUAAAAUGUGAUAAAAUGGCCAUUCCUGUAUAUGCAGAUCCUCCAGACUAUAGUAUAAUAGGAUACAAUAUGGGUUAUGAAUUAAUGUUAAAUGUGAGAACAUUUCCAUGUUAAAAAGGAGAAGUAUACUAACUUGGUCGUUGUAUACCAUGCAGUCCAAAAUUAAAUUAAUAUUCUGUUACUAUAGGAGCUGUUUUAUGCUCAUAAUUUAAUUCUGAUUAUAUGAUAGCUAUAAAACAAUCAUCCAUAAAAUUGAAACCUGGAUAUUGGAGACCUGAUUAUGAUAAUGAUUAAUCUUAAUAUUGUGAGAAUUUUGAUACUAAUUGUAAUGGAGGUUGGGUACCUGGUAAUCCUUCUUGUUAUACAGGACAUAUAGGAGCAUUAUGUGAAUCAUGUGAUCUAUAUCAAACAUUUAAUGAUGAAAGAUAUACUCAAACAUCAGCAUAUAAAUGUGCGAGAUGUGAACCUACAAUGUAAUUAAAUUACAUAGUUUUGGUAGCAACAUCAAUUACAUCAUUUAUUUCAAUGAUUUUAGCAGUAAAAGGAAGUUAUUUAUCAUCUAUGUAAUUUAUUAUUGAAGAUACUCUUGAUAAAUGGGGAGUGCUUUUAAAAAGCUCUGAAAGUGAUUUGGCUGUAUUAAUGAAAGUUCUUACGAAUUACUUUUAAAUUAUUUAGUUUAUUGCUUCAUUUUAAAUAACAAUUCCAAGUACAAUUAAAUAAACAGCAAAAACUGGAGGUAAUCCAACUGAGAGUACUACAACUGCUAUGGAUUGUCUCUAUGUAACAAUGUCUGAUUUAGAUGUUUUAUACUUUAGAAUGGUUUGGGCAUUCAUCCAACCAUCCAUAUAUUUAGUAGGAUUCUAUAUUGUUUACUUUAUAGGUGUAAUAAUUAAAAUGGUUCCUUAUAAGAUUAAUAUUAUCACAACAGCCUUAAUUUAUUAAUUCCUAUAUUUACAACCUACUUAUGUUGAAGGAUUUAUUGUUCUAGCAUCCUCUAGAACUGUUAGUGGUUAUUAAUAUGUGUAAAGAGAUGUUGCUUAUAGAUAUGAUAGUGAUAGACAUUAAUAUUAUCUCUUGAGAUUCAUUAUGCCUAUGUUACUUGUUUGGGUCUUAAUCUUGCCAUUUUUAUUUAUGUUUUUAGUUUUCAAAAAUAGAAAAACUAUUAAUACUAAGUAAACCAAAUUGAUUUAUGGUUUCUUUUAUCUUGAAUACUAACUUAAUAGUUAUCUAUGGGAAUUCGUUAAAUUAUUCCAAAAAGAAUUUAUGGUCAUUAUUUUAGCAUUUUAUGAAGAUCAAGUUACAGUUAAAGGUUUACUACUAGUAGUUGUCAUGUUCCUUUAUGGAUUUUACUAAAUCUAAGUAUCUCCCUAUAGCAACAAAAGACUCAAUAUGCUUGAUAGAUAUUCUACUGUUAUCUUGUCCAUUUCAUUAGCUAUGGGAGUCUUACUAAAAUCUUGUUAAGAUUAAGAUUUUGGAUAUUUAUUUAUAAUUGUCGCUAUUAUCUUAGUUUUGAUAAAUGUUCCAUUCCUUUUAUCAAUUAUUUAUUAUAUUUUUGAAGGCUACAUAAUCAAAUUAUCACCAAUUCUUGAUAAAAUUAGGGAUGUUCUUAAUGAAAAAUACCCCAAUUUAGGUGAAAGACAUCCUUGGUUAAGACCAUAUUUGUAUAAUAAAGCUAAAAUGGCUAUUAAAGUUAAGGCAUAUUGGGGAAUUCUUAGAGAAGCUGUUGUAGAUACCAAUAAAAUUUGUAAACAGCAUAAUCUUAAGUUUAAAAAGAUUUUCCCACCUUAUGCAAAAGCAGAUGAAGAAGGCGUUUAUGGAUUAGAAAAUGUUUCUGUUAGAGCUAAACAAAAAAUUAAUGAAGAUUUAUAACCUUUAAUUAACGAGUCUUUAAGUCCUGGCAAUGAAGAUGCAUUAAGAGUACAAUAGCCAAGUGCAAUCAGAAUCUAAAAUUUACAAAAUAAUGGAGUAGUUUAACAAGGUCAAUUUUUUACUUCUUCAUUUAUUACCAACUUAAACUAAGAAUAGGUAGCCAUAACUGGUUAAGGUGUUGAAUAAUGGCCCGAUUAAACAUAAUAUGAAGGAUUAAUUGUUAAUGGUAAAAAAUAAGGUAAAGGUAUAUUAAAGUGGCCAUUUAGAGAAGAUUAAGUUUAGCAAGAAUAAUAUGAAGGUGAAUUUGAUAAUAAUCUUUUUGAUGGUUAUGGAGUGUAUAAAUGGAGCGAUGGAAAAGUAUAUGAGGGAAGGUGGAAAUAAGGUAAAAGACAAGGAUAUGGAAAAUAUUAAGGAACAAAUCAAUAGUAUGAAGGUGAAUUUAAAGAGGAUAUGUAUGAAGGUUAAGGAACUUUAAAAAUUGGGGAUAAACUUAUUUCUGGUAAUUUCGUUAAAGGCAAGAUGAAUGGUGAAAUGGAAAUUAAAAUUGGUAAAAAGAAAAGAAGAGGAAUUUGGAAAGAGGGAGUAUUUGAGAAGUGGAUUGAUUGA